UUGAUAAAGUCAUGCCCAUCAUAGUUGAACGGCUUGACGAACUCGGACACCUAUGCGGACGUCAGCCGGGGCAACCUAAUCGGCGGGGGUGGACGGGGGGCGUCGCGGCAGCGGCUCCAAGCUGGCACACUUACCUUAUUUCUUCGUAUCGCUUCCUCGAGAUACCUGUAGCUCUCUGGAUUCUUAUCGUUGGCCCAGACGAAGACGCCCUUCUUGCCGGCCGGAGCGGCAAAGGGCCCAAUGCCAGCCAUGACGUCGGCUACGACCUCGCCGGGCUUGAAGAGCGCCGUGAUACGCUGGUGCUCGGUGCCGAGCUUGGUGUUCCAGUACACCUUGGAGUAGUCGAACUUGAAGACGCAGCCCGCCUCGCUCACCUCGACGAGCAUGUCGUCGGGGCCGGCGAGGACCUCGUAGGCAAAGGGGUUCUUGUCGAUGAUGACCUGGGCGAUGAUGUACUUGUAGGGGUGGUACUGGCUCCUCAGGUUGAGGUGGGCUGCGGGCGUCAACGUGAGGGUCUCCGAUAUGGCGAACGGGAUUGGGAUGGCAACCUACCGACGUGACCUGCCGUGUUGAACCCGACGGGGAUCUCGCCGUGGAGCUCCUGGGGCAGUAUCGAUCUCAUGACGUCCACUGCGUUGGCCCAGUGUCAGCGAGCUUUGAUCCAUGGGGGUGUCUUCACUGUCAUCAGGACGCACAGUAACUCCACAGCUCGUAGUCAAUGGCGACAUCAAACGGCACGACCUUGAUAUCGCCCUCUCUGGACGCCUCCUGCAGUAUCGGGCUCCAUGUGUCAGGUUCUUAGCGCGAGCGUGUUAGCAAUAUCACAGGUCACUGCAACCCGGAGAGGGUGGCGAGGCGCUGCGUGGGGCUCACGGGAAGGCUUGAUAUCGGGCUUGAGAAUGAGGCACUUGCGGCCCUGGGACGCAAGCUCGCGGUCCGGGUCGGCGGCGAUGGAGUCGAAGCGGUCGAGCAUGAGCAGGUCGCGUGACUUCUCGAGCUGCUUGCGGUACUUGGACAGGAGGCGGUUGUCGCGGACCGAGGCGGCGGCCGUGGGCAGCGUGCGCGAGAAGAGCGCCCGGUCGAGCGUUUUGGCGGCCCGGGCCGCGGCGGGGGCGCGGAAGAGGUUCAUCUCCAGGCUGGAGCGCUUGGCCUGGGAAGGGGGUUGUCUUGUUACAUUCCGUUGUGGUCAUGAUUUGGGGCGCUGAGUGAGUGAAAGUGAGUUACCUCCAUGUCCGUGAGCGAUCGUUAUGAAUUCGCUAAGGAUGGAAACCCUGUAGAGUUUUGUGGGUGCGUGUGCGGGUGUGAGCUAUCAGGCGACAAUGAGAAUCGACAUCGUGAACUUUUUUUCCCCCGAGCGCUCAGCAAGGCACUGGUGGUCUUUCCCGGUGGAGGGGCUAGGGGUUGGACAAGGCUGCAGGAUGCGAAAGUGUCUGAGCUCAUAAUUGGCCACCAGGCACAGGAUGUCGGGCGGGCGACCUCAGUUCGGCGAAUCACUGGGCAGAGCGGGCUCGACAAGGCUGAAGGUACUUCUGUGAUGUCACGACUCACAACUCACCUCACUCGACCUUGGUUUUAAUCGUUAGAAUUACACAGCUUUCUCACUGAGACGCGAAUUGACGUAGCCCCUCAAAGUCCCUUGCUCUCAUAAUGUCCAACAAGAGGACGAUAGAAGCCUUCUUUGGAUCCGCACCCAAGCGCAAAAAGACUCAAGUCGAUGCCGUCAACAUCGACGAGGCCAAUGUAGAAACUUCCAAGCAUGCUCAUUAUCCGCAUCCCAUCGUCGAUUUGCCGCCGUCAAUGUGCAAGGAAAUCUCGUCCCUGCCUGCCAGGGAGGCCAAAGCCAUCAACGACCAGCCGGAUCUCGACCUGCUGUACUUCGAACCGUACAUCCCCGAGUACCUGGCCCGGCAGCUCUUUCAGUUUCUGCGCGCAGAGUUGCCCUUUUACAGGGUCGAGUAUGACAUCAAGCGCGGGGGGUUUGAGACGCAUAUCCGCACUCCGAGGUGGACAACCGUCUUCGGUCUCGACGAGACAUCGUACUUUGACGAGUCCGGCCGCGUCAUCGAUCGGGCUGCGGGCGUCCCAGCGGCGGACAAACGGUAUGAAAAGUAUCCUCCACGUCCGCUGCCGCAGUGCCUCAACGUGCUACGCCAAUCAGCCGAGGCAGCCACGGAAUGCCGCUUCAACUUCUGCCUGGUAAACUACUACGCAUCCGGUUCCGACAGCAUAUCCUUCCAUAGCGAUGACGAGCGGUUCCUCGGCAAGGACCCAGCCAUUGCCUCCUUCUCCCUUGGCGCGCGGCGAGACUUUCUGCUCAAACACAAGCCGCCGUCCCCGUCCCAAGGCACUGAUCAGAAGAGUGAUGGAGCCGCCGCAGGCUCCAAGCCACUCAAGUUUCCUCUUGGGAACGGCGACAUGAUUCUCAUGAGAGGCGCGACGCAGUCCAACUGGCUGCACUCCAUCCCCAAGCGCACGGGCAAGAACCAGGAGGACGGGGGUCGAAUCAACAUCACUUUCCGGCGAGCCAUGGUAAAGGGUGGGACCGAGAACUAUUACAACUAUAACGUCGGCACCGGGCCCGUGUAUCGCUGGGACAAGCUGAACCGCGAAAUGAGAGUGUACAAACAGUAAGGG